AUGAACAACACAGGAGAAGAAUUUACUACGUCAGCUAUCAACAUAGGUUUAGCUGUCGCCACGCUCUUUCUCAACACUGGUUUCGUUUUAAAAGCCAUCCAGUUGUGCGAGGAAUGCUUUAUUUUGCUCAGCAAUGGAGAUUUAGGCAAUGAGAGCGCAGUUACCAAAUUAUACCACCAACGCAUUCUAAGUUUAAAGGCAAAAGCUUGGUCUACAGUAUAUAAUUCAACAAGUUUUGAAAAACAAGUCAGAGAACAAUUACUCUUUUAUCAGGACUCUGAUGACCACGUCAUAAAAGGAUGGUUAAAUUUAUCACUGGCAAGAAUACUUCACAUCACCAAAAGGUUUCUGGAGGCUGAAGGAUUUUAUGACGUGGCAAAAAACAUUUUCAAAACGACUGGCAAUGCACGAAGAGAGUCAGAAUGCUACGAAAACCUAGGAUCAUUGUUCAAAUUGCUUGGUCAAUAUAACCAGGCCCGAGAGAAUCUGGAAAAAGCAAUUGCUAUCAACAUAGAAAUUGCCGACAGAAAUGCAGAAUCUUCCUGUUACGUAAGCCUGGGAACAUUGUUCCGAUCGCUUGGUCAAUACGACAAGGCCCGAGAGUAUCUGAAGAAAGCACUCGCCAUUAAGAUAGAAAUUGGCCAUAGAGAUGGAGAAGCUUUAUGCUACGAAAACCUAGGAAUAUUGUUCCACUCGCUUUAUCAAUUUAACAUGGCCCGAGAGUAUCUGGAGAAAGCAAUCGCCAUCAAGAUAGAAAUUGGCCACAGACAUGGAGAAGCUUCAUGCUACUUUGUGCUAGGAACAUUGUUCCAAGCGCUUGGUCAAUAUGACAAGGCCCGAGAGUAUCUGAAGAAAGCGCUUACUAUUAACAUAGACAUUGGCCAUAGAGAUGGAGAAGCUUCAUGCCGCAGAAGCCUAGGAACAUUGGUCCAAGCGCUUGGUCAAUAUGACAAGGCCGGAGAGUAUCUGAAGGAAGCGCUUACUAUUAACAUAGAAAUUGGCAACAGAGAUAAAGAAGCUUCAUGCUACGGAAACCUAGGAACACUGUUCUAUUCGCUUGAUUGCUCGGUCAAUAUGACAAGACCCAGGUGUAUCUGA